AUGCAAACGCAGCAAUCAAAAACGCGAUCCGAUGCAAGCGGAUUAAGGCGGAAGCGAAAGUGGCUGUUGGUAUAUUUCGAAAAGAAAACUACCAGAGCGGCUCCAUGGAACAGUUCAUUGACUAUUGGGACAAGCAUUGAAAUCAGUAUUUCCGCUUAUUUGGCUAUCAGCGAAGACAAAGGUUUACCAUCUUUCAAGACGGAAAGUUCUGAUCCGAACGCCAUAGUCAAGCUCAAAACCGAGUAUUUCAAGGAUGGUAAACCGUAUGAGGUUGACUUCGAAAAUCUAAUCAAAGGGUACAUGUACGGUUCUACCGUUGUUCCUUAUGAUAGCCAAAUGGAUAUUGAUUACAAAUCCGGCGAGCAGCGAUUAUCGUGUUUGGGUUUUACAGCAGCAGGAAAUAUUUUGGAGGAAUAUUUUUGCGGCACAGGAACUUACGUUGUUGUAGCAAGAAAGGAUUGUGCUGCUUCUGAAACAAAGUUGACUGCUUUGAUAAAGGCCAUGCACGAGCAAGAUUUAGUAAUGAUCGCAACUAGGGUGUAUAGACGAGAUACUCGUCCAAAAAUUAAUGCAUUGAUGCCAGCGUACCGGAAGCGAUAUCCCUGUUUGGUUAUGUUAGAACUAUGCUUUCAAGAGGAAUUGGCUCUGAUAAAAUUUCCCCCGCUACUCUCCAAUAAGUUUAAACCCACCGAAGCGCAGUACGAAGUCAUUGACAAGUUGAUCGAUUCUAUGGAUCUGAUGGAUGCAUUAGACGAUGAAACAGGCUCUAAGGAAGCAUUUGCUUUGAACAAAACGCUCAAUUCUGUCCAUCAGCAUAUGAACAGAUCGGUAGCGCAUCGCGCUCUGUACCCAAAUACCCCUCUUCCGACAAUGGAUCAAGAGCUGAAAAGUCUUGUGGAUGUGCCGCCCAAAAUACGAGAAAGGUCUAAGGAAAUUUUAGAGGAAGUAAGAAAUUUAUUCCCCUUGAAGGAAAAGAAGAUUAACGUCCGUACCAAAUGGCUACAGCGGGCAUCUAAGAUUAAUAUUCAAAGUGAUGCUAUUGCGUCCAGUUCAUCGCAACAAAAUCAAAUCACGGAUGAGGAAGAGCUUGACGAUCAGCGAAUACUUGUUGAAGUGGGUACUGUAUCACCGGCUGAAGAUUUCGCUUUGCUUUUAAAACGUGGGGAGAAGUUUGCUACGGUGUGCGUACAAAUUCAGAACGUCAUUACCGAUCUAGUUUUUAAAUCCAUGACGAUUCCGCACGAAAAAGUCGCCAUGGCCAUCAUGAUGUACCGCGAAGAAGCGAAACUUCUCGGUCCCUACCGGUACAAUGAUUGGAUCGGAGAAUUCAAGAAAAGUCUACUGGCUCGCAACAAGCAGGAAUUCUGGGAACAGGUGGUGGUCAAGGAACGAUUUGGAUUGAUUAGUUCAGAGGAAAGUGAAAUGAGUACGGUUUCCGCAGAAGAAGUGGAGAAGUUUUAUAGUGCGGCAGUGACAAGUCGGGUCGGCACGGAGGAAAACAAUGCCGAUUACGUUGAUGCCGACGAUUUGUUUGCUAAUAUGUAAGAAAAUAUUUUGUGUGAAAUGUUUCGAAUAAUUUGUAAAUAUCUGUCAGUUAACUAUUUUUGAUUAAAAUUCUGAAAAAUUAAAUAAGAAGCUGGAAAGGUAGGUUUACUUGUGGGUUAACUUACAUAUAAAUUUCUACGAUUUAAUUGUAAAGUCGGUGUAAUGAAAAC